AAACACCUCUAAUAAAUCCCCCUCUCAUCUUCAUCCCUCCCCAACAACCCCACCCACACACACCACGCUCGUUACUGCUAGAGCGAGCUGGCGGCUUGGAGUGUGUUCCGCAGCUAGCAAGAACUCGCACGCUGUCACACCACGCAUCUCCUCCGGUUUCCCUCUCCUCUCCAUCGCAACCAUUUCCAUGAGCAGCAACCCCACGCGUCGCGCAUUAUAUUGCCAGCAUCUUCCUCGCUGCGGCACGUCUAGAGCCAGCUAGAUCCCUCCGUCUCCUGGCUCUUGACAAGAACAAGAGCGGGAGCAAGAAGUACACUUGCAGCGGCGGCGGCGGCGGCGGCGAUGGAGCUGGCGACGAUGCUGACGCUGACGCUGCUGGCGUACUCGGCGGCGAUGCUCACGCGGCUGCUGGUGGCGCGGUGGCAGCGGCGGCGGUGCUACCUGCUGGACUACGUGUGCUACAAGGCGACGGACGACCGGAAGCUGCCGACGGACCUGUGCGGCGAGAUCAUCCAGCGGAACAAGCUGCUGGGGCUGGAGGAGUACAAGUUCCUGCUCAAGGUCAUCGUCAACUCCGGCAUCGGCGAGGAGACGUACGGCCCGCGCAACAUCAUCGAGGGCGGCGAGGCCCGGCCCGACCGCCUCAGGGAGGGCAUGGAGGAGUUGGACGAGACCUUCCACGCCGUCCUCGACGAGCUCUUCGCCCGGUCCGCCGCGCCGGGGGGCGUCGGCGUCCGCCCCGCCGACGUCGACGUCCUCGUCGUGAACGUGUCCAUGUUCUCGCCGGCGCCGUCGCUGUCGGCGCGCGUGGUGCGCCGCUACGGGCUCCGCGAGGACGUCAAGGUGUACAACCUCACCGGCAUGGGCUGCAGCGCCACGCUCAUCGCCCUCGACCUCGUCAACAACUUCUUCAGGACGCACGCGGCGCAGGUGGCGCUGGUGAUGACGUCGGAGUCGAUCGCGCCCAACUGGUACGCCGGCAACAGGCGCUCCUUCAUGCUGGGCAACUGCCUCUUCCGCUCCGGCGGCUGCGCCUACUUCCUGACCAACGACCCGCGCCUCCGGCAGCACGCCAGGCUCCGCCUCCGCCACGUCGUGCGCACCCACACCGGCGCCUCCGAGGAGGCCUACAACUGCGCGCUCCAGAUGGAGGACGACGCCGGCCGCCCGGGCUUCCACCUCGGCAAGGAGCUGCCCCGCGCCGCCGUGCACGCCUUCGUCCACAACCUCCGCGUCCUGGCGCCCCGGGUGCUGCCGCUCCCGGAGCUCCUCCGCCUCGCCUGCGCCACCCUCUCGGCGCGCCUGGCCCGCAAGAAGCAGCGCGGGGCCGGCGGCGGCGGCGGCGGCGGCCACCUCACCAUCCGCAUGCGGGCCGGCGUCGACCACUUCUGCGUGCACACGGGCGGCGCCGCCGUGAUCGACGGCGUGGGCAGGGGGCUCACGCUGACGGAGCACGACCUGGAGCCGUCGCGCAUGACGCUGCACCGCUUCGGCAACACCUCCGCCAGCAGCGUCUGGUACGUGCUGGGGUACAUGGAGGCCAAGCGCCGCCUGCGCCGGGGCGACCGCGUGCUCAUGCUCACCUUCGGCGCCGGGUUCAAGUGCAACAGCUGCGUGUGGACGGUGGAGAGGCCCGCCGCCGACGCCGGCGUCUGGAAGGACUGCAUCGACCAGUACCCGCCCAAGGACGUCUCCAACCCCUUCUUGGAGAAGUACGGGUUCGUCAAGGACAUGAUCAACUUGUGAACUGUCAGUUGUGACCGGCCGGCCGGCAGUGGCAGCGAUCGAUCUCAACCCGAUCGACCAUGCACCCGCAUUAUACUGCUCGCUCCACCUCACAUUGUUGUCACAUACACGCAUGCAUAGACGACGACAGGCAUCGAUUGAUUCUUCGUUCGACAGGCGACUCAUCAGGCAAAGCAGGAGCUGGUCCAUGGAUGGAUGGAUCACCAUUAGUUGUAUUCAGUUCAGUGUUGCUACUACCGUGUUGAUUACUCCCCACUUAAUUAAGGUGCUGAUCACAGGGAGGAGAAGGAAGAUUAUAUUGAGCUGAUGAGGAUUCGUCAUAGGUACAUGAUUCUUUUGGUGGUGGUGUUGGCAAUGGCAAGACUUACGUAGCAGGCAGAGGAUAUGGUUUCUUCUCUUCUUUUUUUUUCCCCUUCUACCAUUUUCUGUUCGGUCCUUUUGUCGGUGUCGUGUUGUUGCUGUUGUCAUUUACUAUGAAUGAUGAUGGAUUAAAGUGAAAUUAUUCUUUAUUAAUGGAGCUCCAAUGUACGUGAGGACCGAA